AUGACUGCUCUCCGGAACCCAAAGGGAACAGCCAUUGCAUCGAGAAGGGGGAUGGAGAAAAUCAUCUACGACUUCUACUCUGAUCUCUUCGACAGCCAUGUCCACUUACCUCCUCACCAUCUGAGGGAAGAUGGACAAGUCAUUCCAGAGGUUCUCCCGUCCGAAAUACGACAUGCUAUCAUAACGCCUGAAGAGCCUUCCGCCAGUACUCAUCAACACCCUGGCGAGGCUCUUUACACGUUAUCUGUCGGAAUGUUUGUUGUUCCUAAACAGUGGAAGACCAGCAAGACCGUGUUGUUGUAUGAAAAGGGAGAUCCACAUGACAUCGGCAACUAUCGUCCAAUCUGCCUACUGUCCGUCAUCUACAAGCUCUUUACAAGAGCAAUCCUUAAUAGGAUUGAAAAAGUCUUGGAUGAAGGACAGCCAUGCGAGCAAGCAGGGUUUCGAAAAGGAUUCAGCACGAUUGACCACAUUCACACUGUUUCGAAACUCAUCGAGGUAUCACGAGAGUACAAGAUGCCGCUCUGUCUCACCUUCAUCGACUUGAAAAAGGCCUUCGACUCAGUUGAGACGGAAGCGGUCGUGGAAGCCUUGGACAACUAA